GAUCCAUCACUUCAGCACUGACGGGAGGCCACCAUGCAUCGACGCCUGAUUCACCUGAGCCACGUUUCACUGUGGCUGGUUUUUGCUCAAGCCUUUGCGGAUUUGCCCCUGUGCACAGAGUCAGAUUAUCACUUUGAGUACACCCAGUGUGACGUACUUGGCUCUCGAUGGCGAGUGGCGGUUCCCAACAAAGCCAACACAUGCACAGGUCUACCAGAUCCAGUCAAAGGCACUCAGUGCACCUUCUCCUGUAGUGACGGGGAGUUUCUGGACAUGCAGUCACAGGAAUGUCAGAAGUGUACUGCAGGCACCUACUCUCUGGGCACCGGUGUGGCAUUUGAUGAGUGGGACAGCCUGCCGACAGGUUUUAUCACCCAUGGGGAGGCAACAAAUGGAGGGGACAGCCACACAGACUGCUCCAACUCAACUUGGACACCAGGGGGUGAAUUCAUUGCCUCAAACACAGAUGAGUGCACAGCGUUGUUGUCCUACGCUGUGAGUCUGAAGGAGCCUGGGACUGUGUCCUUCGAGUAUUUCUACUCGGAGAGCAGCAUCUACUUUGAGUUCUUUGUUCAGAAUGACCAGUGUCAGUCCACAGAUUCUGCAAACCGAUGGAUGAAGACCUCAGAGAAAAACUGGAGUAAAUACAAGGUUGAACUGAACAAGGGCAGUAAUGUGCUGUAUUGGAGAACCACAGCGUACACUCUGCUGGCCAGCACUGUCAAACCUGUGCUGUUGAGAAACAUCGCCAUCUCAGGUGUGGCCUACACAUCAGAGUGUUUCCGCUGUAAACCUGGCACCCAUAGUGCUAAAGCAGGAUCUGCCCGCUGUGCCCCCUGCCCCGCUGGUACUUACUCCACUAAGGGUGCCACUGUUUGCCAUGAGUGUGAACAAGACAAAUAUGCAGAGGCUGGUUCAGGGAACUGCAAACCGAGACCAGCGUGCACAAACAGUGACUACUUCUACACUCACACACCUUGUGACUCUGAGGGAAAGACGCAACUCAUGUUCAAGUGGAUUGAACCGAAGAUCUGCAACGAGACCAUUGCAGGAGCAGUGACGCUUCCUGCGUCAGGGGAGAAACAUACCUGUCCACCAUGUAACCCUGGUUUCUUUGUCACCAACUCCUCCACCUGCGAACCCUGCACCAACGGCCUCUACUCAAACGGAACAGCCUGUGCUCAGUGUCCUGUCGGCACAGAGCCAGUGGUGGGGUUCGAGUACAAAUGGUGGAACACAAUGCCGAGCAACAUGAAGAGCUCCAUCUUCAGACGAGAGUUGAGCGGCUCCAUCCAAAGAACGGCAUGGGAGGUGGCUGGCGAAUACAUUUACACAGCCCCUGGAGAUCAGGACACAGAUUAUCUGAUGCUCAUGCUCAACGUCCCUGGAUACAGGCUGCCUCAGUCUCUGGCCAAAGACAGUGAAAGGAGAGAACUGUCUCGUAUCACAUUUGUCUUUGAGACCAUGUGUACAGCUGACUGUAAACUCUUCUUCCUCGCUGGUUAUAAUCAGUGGAAUAACGUUGUGGUGGAGCAGUGGAAGGGCAGCAACAGCAAACAGUCGUACUCCUACCUCAUCCAGAGCAACAGCACCGUGAGCUUCACGUGGACGUUUCAACGCACAGAGAAAUUUAACAUUGAGAGGGAGUACAGUGGUGACAUUGCAAAGAUCUACGCCAUCCACAUCACCAACGUGAUGGAAGGUGUGGCUUCACAGUGUCGCCGCUGUGCCAUGACCUCUGAUGAGGCCUGUGUUCCCUGCCCACCGGGACACUAUAUGGUCAACAGGACAGGUGUGUGUAAGAGAUGCUCGCCGAACACUAUCAUCAGGGCUGAGCAGCCGGUCGGAGAGGAUGCCUGUAUCCGCUGUGGUCCAAACACAAAGAGAAACAAGGCCUACUCAGCUUGUCUCAGUGACUGUAUGCUGGAUGUGAAGACGAGAGGAGGAGCACUACUGCACUAUGACUUCUCUCCUCUGGCCAACGCCACCGGCUUCCACAGCAGCCCCCGCUUCACCAGCAAAGGCCUGAAAUAUCACCAGAGCUUUAAUGUUGCUCUGUGUGGGAAAGAGAGUCGUAUGCCAGCUACCUGUGUGGACAAUGCAACAGGGAGUGGGAAGGAGGUCAAAGGUUACCUCUGCCAGUCCACUGUAGUUCCGUCUGAAAUCAGGAGUCAGAGCGUGGUGUCCUCGCAGCCGAUCCUCAUCGGUGACUCACUUGUCGGCAUCACCACUGAAAUGAAGCUGAGCGGCAUCUCCUCUCCUGAAUGGCUGUUCCCGUCUGCGUCCAUGUUGAAGGACGUCAUCUUCUAUUACAAGUCCAGUGAGACGACUCAGGCUUGUAAACAAGGCAGGUCGGCCGCCAUCAGACUGAGAUGUGAUCCAGCAGUGACUGCUAAAGACCACAUCACUCUGCCGAGUAACUGUUCAGAAGGGACGUGUGAUGGUUGUGUGUUCCACCUCCUAUGGCAGAGCCAGCAUGCAUGUCCACUUUGCACCAAUAGCCACUACAGAGAAAUCGUCAGCGCUUGUAUCCAGGGAAUACAGAAAACCACCUAUGUGUGGCAGCAGCCGUUAAAGUGUUAUGGAGGAAAAUCUCUACCAGCACAAAAAGUCAGCGCCUGUGUGAGUCUGGAUUUCUGGCUCAAGUUUGGUGUGACCACGGGAAUAGUUGCUGCUGUGCUGCUCAUCACUGUCAGCUGCUAUUUCUGGAAGAAGACGCGCAGGUUGCAGUAUAAAUACUCCAAGCUGAUGAUGAGCUCUGGGGGAAAUGAGUGUGAGCUGCCCACCGCAGACAGCUGUGCAAUAAUGGAGGGAGAAGACGCAGAGGAUGAACUCAUGGACUUAACCAAGAAAUCUUUUUUCACCAAAAUUAAGUCCUUCUCACGAGAGAGGACAUCAGACGGAUUUGACUCAGUUCCGCUGAAGUCGUCAUCUUCUCGCUUCCAACAGGAGGAUGAGGAUUCGGAUGAAGCUUAAAUCAGACGAUGAACAGAUCUUUGAUGGUCGAAUGAAUUUGAUUUGUUACAACGAAUGUUGGCUUACUGAGGGAGUUUAAAAUAAUGUUAAGAGUGGUGAUUAGUAUUAUUUGUCAUAUGUUAGGUUUCCAAAUCUAACAGUGAAAUACAAAGUCUCCACAUUGGGGAUAUUGUGUAUUUAAAAAAAUUAAAAACUGUGUUGAAAAAAUUAUCUGACACUGUGGAUGAAGUUACACUUUUUAUAGAUUUGAUUGUUUGUGUACAUUUAAUAUAACUUUAACUAUAUGUUUAAUUUUUCUCUUUUUUAUUUGACCAGAGAUGUAGUUCAGUCAGAUAUUGUUAUUUGUUCAUUUAUGAUUUUUAUUUGCUUUGGCUUUUGAUAACAUUGUCUGCUGCAUUUAUGUUCAGGCCAUUAUUUUGUUUUACUGUGAAGUAAAGACCUAUUCUACAUGUAAAAACUAUAAAUGUGCAUCUCUAAAAAUGUAUACAACUAAAA